AUGAGGGCGGCGUCUCUGGCUUUCGCCGCCGGCGCCCUCCUCGCGCCCGGGAAGGCCUCGAACCGCACCGAGGUGGUGACCGUCACCAACACCGCCUACACCACCUACUGUCCCGGGCCGACGACGAUUUCCAUCGGCAACGCGACCUACACUGUCCGCGAGGCUACCACGCUCACCAUCACCGACUGUCCCUGCGUGCUCACCGAGUCCGGCCGGCACGAGCCCACGGCUACCGCUCGGCCGGGGUGCCCGCCCGGCGCGGAGGACUGCGCGCGCGGCGGCCACGAGUGCGACGGGGAGGACUGUAGCGGCGACGGGAGCAACGGCGCGGGCCGCGAGUGCAGCGGAGAGGACUGCGGCAGCGACGCUAGCGACGGCAGCCAGGCCCAGCCCGCCGCCGGCACUCACGUCGCCGUGGCCGGUGCCGGCGUCGGCGUCGGCCACCCGAGCGCCGUCCUUGCCGCCGCCGCCGCCGCCGCCGCCGGAUUCGCCGCCCUGGUGCUCUGA